ACUAGAUAGUGAUUCUUCCCGAGGUUAAAGUCAGGUGACCCACACCAUCUGGUGUCACUUUCAAAAGAAAGCCUUUUAGUUGAGGUAUCAGAGGACUUGUGGAGAAAUUCAUGAGGAUCUUCAAGGGGGAAAUAUGAAAGCAAAAAACAAACUGCUGAAGGAACUCGGGGGGUCAGGCAGGAUCUGUGGCGGCAAAUGGAUGUUCGACGUUUGGGGUUGACACCCUGCACCAGGACUUACGAAAACAUGAAAGACAUACAGAGCUUGCUACUGGAUCUGUGCAGCAGAGCUGAACACAACUGGGCCAGGAUGUUGGAAGAGAAUUCCUAGUCCUUGGAGUGCAGCUGCCUGUCUCAACGGAAAGGGAUAAACCUGUUUCACCUGCCAAACAUACCUCAAAAUGAACAAUAAGUGAAAAAUGGCCAUGACGUACUUUUGUUGCAGACAUCAAAGUUAAACCUUUGAGAAGCAAGACCAAAAAUGGCAUCCCAGGAAUAUUUUUAAUGAUGGUAAACUGUCAAUUAGCCAACAUUUUCCUUUAGUAACGUAUGUGCCACUUGUGUGAUGCAGCCCAGUUGUCUAGGUAUAUGAGCAGUAAUCUAAAAGCAUGUACUUCAAUUUCUCAACACAGUACCAUAACUUGUUGAUGGACUGCACAGUUCCUGAAGUGAAAAGACUUGAGAGUUCAAGUUUAUUAACUUAAUGGACUACUCUAGCAGAUCAACAGUGUUGCUUUGAUUGCACAUUAGGAGCUUCCAAGUGAAGAUAAGAUAUGAGACCGCUUUUAUAUGGUGAUGGGAAUAUUUUGCUUUUGUUGUUAGCAUUUUGGAUGUAUUUUUGAUUACUUUAGUCCUCUACAUUUGUCUCCUCAACUACCAGGUCUAAUUAAUCUUUUGAACACAGUAAGGGAACCACUAACUCUUUCUUUACAUAGGUUGACCUGUCAGAUUGGCAUAACCUUGAUUUUUGUGCUUCGUGGAUUGAAUAGUGUGGAUGCACUGAGUUAAAUGUACAGCCCAUAAGUGACUCAUGGAGGCAGCGUACAGAUGAGUCAGAAGACUGGGAUAUUAAACCACAACUUUUUUUGAUGUUCAAAUAUUUUAAAGGGAAAAGAUCUGCUGAACUUUGGCUCAUAUAUUUUAUAAUCUCUUUAACCAGAUGAUUUAGACUAAUUGAGCUGUUGGUACCUCUGUACGUAGCUAAUGGAGGCACUGGAAGCAGAUGACAUCAGUCCUGCUUUGGAAGCCACGGAGGAGUUCUUUCUUUUCAGUGGCAUUGAUGACCAAAUCGGACAUGUUGAUCUCCCAAAACAGGAGGUGUAUGGCAUCCAGGAGGUCCCAGUGGUAAUUGGACAUGAAAUUCUUAAGAUGAGGAAUGAGAAGUUGCAGCAGAAAGAUGGCACCAGAAUUGCAGCUCAAAAAAUGAGCAUAUCAGAGACUACAACACAAAUAGAAAUGAGGAGUAAAGUGCUUGCCAGCAAACCUGUUAGCAUAGCCAGUGGACCAAAACAGCAAUGGGCUGAUGGUUCGGACAAUGAAAAUUCCUUCACCUCAAAUGGUUACAAUCCCAUUCAUGUCAGGAGGAACAACCCAGUUGAAGAUGGGUCAACCAAGAGGCCACUGCUCUUCCGAUCGCAGUCCGACAUCGUUCCAUCACGCAACAGGUUGCAAACUAGCACAACGUCAGUUCAUUGUCUGCUGGACUUCAAUUUACCUCCCCCCAGCACUGCCACCUCAUUUGACAAAGAUAAAGACUUUGUAAUGACCACUCGCAGCAAAGACGAUCUUCGGCCACCCAGUCGCCAAGUCCUGAAGAAGGGAAGUCUGGUGACAAGACAGGAUCGUGCCGGCUCGUGGAAAGAGUGCUACGUGGAGCUUUGUCCAAGGGAGCUGUGCUUGUACAGCGCAGAGGCUGGGGAUGAUUGCCAUCUGUGCAGUGUGUACUACCUGAGCUGCUGCCAAAGCAUCACCGUAUCAGCCAGUUCCGGUGAUCGGGUCCUGGAGAUCCUGUUUUCCAAUGGUGCCUGGCUGCAACUACAAGCACGUUCCAGCUGGGAGGCUGAAGAUUGGAGGCAGAAGCUUCUGGAACGAAUGCAUGCCUUGCGUCAGCCACAGACCUUGGGUUUGCCAAAUGGAACCCGAGAGGCACCGCUUCCUGGCUGGCGUCCUGGAACUUGCCAAGUCGAACCAAUUCAGCCGAAGACCCUUCCCCUACCCACAGAAGGCACAAUUCGGAUUGGAUUACUUCAUAAGCUGAUGUCUCAGGAUCACUGGGACUCUUACACCUUUGUCCUUAGCCAGAGCGAACUAAAGUACUUUAAAACUAAUGACCUAGUUGAGGAGCCCUUGAUGUCUUACAAGAUUAAUCGAUGCCUUGCUGUUCAGUUGGAAGUUGCAGUGGGCUCUGCUUCCCGCCUUAAGGUGGCUUUUCCUGAAGAGGUGCUCACUCUUAUGGCAGACACACAACAAGAGCUUCGGGAGUGGACUGAGGCAAUCAAGGCUGUAACUGACCCCACGUUAGUGUCCGAUUGCUCUGACAACUUUUCAUCGCAGGACUUGCGGGCAAAGGAGACAAAUUCUGAAGGUAUACAGACACGGAGGAAUAAACGGUACUCUGUGACCAGCAGCUUUCUCAGCCUUCUGACGGUGAUAGCAGUGGAGAAAGGGCUCACAGCUCAGAGCUUCAGGUGUGCAGGAUGUCAGAGACCAGUGGGUUUGACCUAUGGGAUUGCCAAGGUGUGCGCCUACAGUGGAUGGUACUAUUGCCAAGCAUGUCACGUGGAUGAUCUCUUUCUGAUUCCUGCUCGACUGGUUCACAACUGGGACACCGCAAAACACAAGAUUUCAAAACAAGCAAAGGAAUUCCUGGAGUACAUCACUGAAGAGCCACUCAUUGAUAUCCAGCAGGAUAAUCCGUGCCUGUACGAACACGUAGAUGCAUUGGCAACAGUCCUCCGCUUGCGCCAGCAGCUCAAGUCACUGAGAGCAUACCUAUUCAGCUGCAGAGCCUCUGUGGCAGAAGAUUUGCGUCGAAGGAUCUUUCCCAGGGAAUAUAUUCUGCAGCAUGUGCAUUUGUACUCAUUGGCUGACCUUCAGCAGGUCUUUGAAGGCAAACUUGCUCCAUUCCUCAUGAAGAUCAACAAAUUUGCCAGUGCUCAUGUGUACAGUUGCAGCCUUUGUAGCCAGAAAGGCUUCAUCUGUGAGAUCUGUAACAGUGGGCAAAUCAUCUAUCCUUUCGAAGGAACCACCACCAAAAGGUGUGAGAUUUGCGGAGCAGUUUUCCACAUUGAGUGCAAGUCGAGGAACGUUCCUUGUCCCCGCUGCGUGCACAGGGAGUUGAGGAAGAAGCCUCGAUCUUUCUGGAGCAAACUAGACUUUGAUGACAACUUUGAGCUUUGUAGUGCAUUUGAAUUCUCUUACCCAACCACCUGAUGUCCAGGGCAGAUUUAGGUCAGUAUAGAAUUCUUUCAUCACUUAAGAAAUAGAAUAGGCUGCAUUUUGAUCCCCAUAUACAAUAACAGAAUAAACUAAGAGAGGAUAUUUUUUGUGAACAUAACAAAACCUGGUGUGGGAGUAAAAAAUAAGGAGUAGCGUAGAGUGCAAGAGACCUCCAUCUCCACAUUAAAGCGCACAUUGUAGAUUGUAUUUUAGAUGUACACUUUGAGAGUUUGUUGCUUUGUCUGUUUGUGCAAUUCAAAAAUCAUCUCCUCUGUUAAGACAAGUGAAGAGUAAGAAAUCCGUGGGAUUUGUUUCCAGUGAGUGUACAGAAAUCCCCUUGGGACAAGUUAGCAGUCUUAUUCUGAGCUGAUAUACUGGGUUCACUUUGCUGUGGUAGGGUUCUUGGGUUGGAUUGGGUGCAUUCCUAAGCUGCAGCAGACAUUGCAUUGCAUCACACUUUUUAACCCUGCCUAACCCUGUGAAUAUUUGCUACAAGCACUGAUUGGCAAAGGUGGACAGCAUGUUCAUUUCCCUGUGCCAUCACUCUUCACCUUUGCACAAGGUCUAUCCUUACCCUAGAACAACAUGCAUAUGUACACAAACCACCAAUGUUAUUGGUUUGUCCUUCUAUUUUAACAGCUGCCAUCCAAGAUUUAUUCCUUAUUGCCUGCCAACUAAGUAUUACUGGAGAAAAGAUAUUUUAAUAGGAACAUUAGUUUUCCUUAGUGCUUUUAAAACCGACCAGAUGCUCCAUUGGUUCAACAACUACUUCAAUUUUUUUUUAAACUGUCUUAAUCCACAGUGUACAUUUUUGUUGUCGUUCCUACCCUCCUUCCACCCAUUGGAUGUAAAGGGUGCACAUAUUCUGGGACAGCAUUCAUUUAGGUCAACUGGUGGAGGAGCAAUACAUUGAGCGUGGGGAUUGACUGGGCCAGCUUAAACACAUCACAAAUAUUUGUAAGCAGACAUAAAUGCCAGAGGUGACCCGAACACUCAUGUGAUUGUAAAGCAAAUUUAAGAAGGGAAUUCCUGGCUUCUCGCAGGGAUCACUGGGAUUUCUUUCAACUAGUGCUUACUAGCAUCAUAGCAUUUUUAGGCUUUUUGUUUUUUUUUCGCACCUUCCAGUGUGAUAACACUUCACUUGGACUGCAUUGUCUCCAUUUUGUUCUAUUGCACGUUGGUCGUCCCUAAAUUCUCCCAGACUCUGACCCUUUCGACAUCCUGAGGGAAGCUUGUGAAAUAACAUUGAGUGCCAUGAAGUGGGAAGGAGAGGGUUGAUUCAGUGAGCAAUAGGAAAGAAGUAAGCUCCUCAUGAGCAGGGAAAGCACACAAAAUGCCGGAAAUACUCAGUGUCAUCUGUGGAGAGACUUUUGAUGAAGGGUCCUCUACCUGGAACGUAAACUCUGUUUCUCUCUCCACAGAUGUUGCCUGAUUUUCUAAAUACUUCCAUCAUUUUAGAUUUCCAGCAACCAUGAUGUUUUGCUUUCAUAUAAAGGCAAGAUCUUAAUAAAAGGAGCCGGAAUAAAGUUAGAGCAAAUUGUUAAUAAAGUGAACUUGUGCAUAUUUACACAACUACCAGUUAUCAACAUACAUGGAGCUCAUGGGUAGAGCUUAGAUCUACACAAUAAGUGAGGGGAAUGGGUUGCAGUAGGUGCACAGUGAGUAGGGGACAUUGGGAUUGUGGAUUAUGUCCUUUGAGGGGGGAUAAACACUUUAGCGUUAUAUUGGGGAUAAAUGUUUAAGAAUGGAUGGUUGAGGAUUGUAACAGACCUUCUGGGAAGCAGUGGGAUUUCAGGAAUACUUAAAGGGAGCGAAUGGACACGAAAGACGCAUUUUUCUCAUCUGUUCUCUGGAAUUGCAAUUUUGAAAGUUGUGGACCACUGAUGAGGCCCUUCUGCACCUAACAUAAAGUGUUCCAGAUUUUCCUCGGCCCCCACCACCCGCAUGAGUCCGUUGUCACAUAGGCACAUUUGUUUCUAUCAGAGCCACCUUGUCUUGUUAAGGUUUGUGUGGAGGGAAAGGUUUUUAGAAGAAAAAAAGUUAACAAUUUAUAUAGAGAAUUUUACUUGUAUUUUGGCAUACAGGAGCAAGGGGGUUGCUCGGAGAAAACAAUUAUUUCAAACCAGGCAGCGUGUGUCACAGUCAUGCUAUGGGUGCAGUCCCAUGGGGUGUGAUCUUGCGUAUAUAAUCCACAUCUAGUUUCCCCUUUGAGCAAGGUUACCAGUUCUGAAGUGGGUCACUGUUUUAAGCCUUUCAACUGCAUUUGGCCUGAACACGACAGUGCUCAGUCAGGUGUGUGUGUUUGUUUACAAAUGUGGUGUCAUGUAUUGGGGUGAGUGUUGUUCCUCCAACAGCGAAAAACAGAAGUGAUUGUAAGUUAAGGCUUGGUGGGAGGAGGAAACAAAUACAGUUAAUUUUUUGGGACUGUUUCUGUACAUCAUGGUGCAAAGUUACUUCUGAAGCCCUGGGGGAUGAUUGCACCUCAUUGACUUGUCUGCUGUUAUCUGUCUCAGACUCUGGACACCGUCUCACAGUCUCCUUCAGUCAUUUACAAAAAAAACCUUCUGAUAACAUUACUUGUAAUCUCUCCUCUCCAACUGUGACAAGACUUAACUUCUAAUCAACACUUCUGCACCAAGGUGAUUUAUGUAGAUGUAUGGACGCUGCACCAGGCACACAUAAAAUGUUGUAUUCUUCAAAUACCUAUUGCAAUUGUAAAGCUUUCAACUUGAAGUCUGUUGCUUUUAUAAUAUAAUAUAUUUAUGUAUAUAAAUUGUGCAAAAUUAUCCUGAGAUUCAUUUUUGUACAGCUGGAGCCUAUAAAGUCACCUAGAAAAUAAUAAAGGUAUGAAAUCCCAA